AUGUGUUUGUUUCGCGAGCUCCUUUUGUUUUUGUGUGCCAUCCAUUUGGUGUGCCAGAUUGCCUCAGCAGCCAAAGGAUUUGAUUUGACUGAAAUCUAUUGCUCCAGCUAUAAUGAGAUGUUUCUACAAUUCGCAAUGUGCAAGGUGGACACACCAAAGAACUCUAUGGCCAUGCUUAAUGUUGUGGCCCGUCUCUUAGAGACUGCCGUCAGCAUAAAAUGCCGCAUUACAAUAUUUCGCAAAGCCAACAAAAUAUAUCGGCCCUUUAUUUACGAUGACACUUUGGAUCUGUGUGAAUUCGUCAAGGGUAUGGGCCACAAACGCUUUGUCAUCUGGGCUUUGGCAUAUCCUCUGGUGCUCAAGUAUACAAAUGCAAAUCACACAUGUCCUUACGAACCUCAAGAUGUAGUUGCUCGCAAUUUCACAUUAAAUAGCGAGAUUAGCAAUCUGAUGCCAUUGCCCAAGGGUAAAUAUAGAGUCAAAAUUGUAUUUAAGGUCAACAAUGCGAAACGUGGCCAACUUUUGGUGGAUUGUGAAAAAUCUUAA